AUGUCGUUUGCCUGGUCCCCGCGGUCGCUACGGCCGCGGAGGUGUUGCAGAUGCUGCCCUUGGAGGCCCGUUGCUCGGGGCUUCGAGCGGGUUGCUGCCACUGUCUACGGAUAUCUCGAUGACGAUGAUGACUCGGAUUUCAGCGAGGAUCCGGUAAGCAACAAGUCGCAACAACGAGCGUCCGAAGAAAAAAAGGAGGAGCCGGAGGCACGCAGCAGACAGGAGACGAUGGACGAAAUGUUUGAGCAGUUUUUCGAUGCCAUCGACGACCUUUCGGACUCUGAGCUUGGGAACACUUGUGGCACAGGUUUUGGGCUCGUGAUUCCAAAGCUGAAAAAUGAGAGCGAGAUUGCUGCUCAUUACAACGUUCCGCUGCAGGCGAUUCAUCAGCUGAAGGUCGACUUCCCGGAGUGCCCCCCUGCGGAACUGGCUCGCUUCUUGGCGCGGAAAAGCGUCUCCGGGAAUCCUGAGAAGGCAGCGAAGCUCAUCAGUGCUUAUUUGGAGUGGCGCAGGGGCAUCCCGAAAUGGCCGGCCCCGCCGCCCGACUUACCUAAUCCAUUCCGAUUUAACGGCUUUGCCCGGGACGGGUCACGCCUGUUGUUACUGCUCCCAUGCUGUAUCAACAUAGACUUCAAGCCGGAUGCCUAUUGCCAGCAGCUGGUGCGGCACCUGGACAUGGAGGUCGAGCGUGCAGAUGCCCUGCGCUUCACAGUUCUUUUGGACUGCCGGCCCCACAAAGCCUUGGGAUACGAUGCAAAGCCGGUUUGGCGACUCUGGACACACAUCUCGGCCAUGGCCAAGAUGUUCCAGGCCUAUUUCCCCGAGCGCCUGCAGCGGUUUGUCAUCUAUCCGGCCGGGGACAUCGAAAUGGGCGCAUUUCGGAUGUUCAAGGGUCUGCUUUCUACCGAGACGCUGAAGCGCGUGAGGCUGCUUUACAGCAAGCUGGGCUAUGCGGCACCUGCUCCUCCACGAGAGCUGCUUGAGAUCCUCGAUGUCAGAGAGGUCCGCAGAGAGAACAAAGUCUUCUUCACAGGCUUGGAGGCCGAGUGCGCUGAUGUACAGUUUGGCACAGGCGUAUGA